AUGGUGGUAGUAGUGCUUAUGGAGGUGAUCUUGCUAUUUGGUGGAUGUGCGCGCUCAGCACGCUAUGUCGCCGAACAGUGCAUCAGCGUCGGUGGACACACCGAUCUCUCGGUGCCAACUUAUCCUUCGGUGACGGGGACGUGGGCGUUGACCCCUCCGAGUCGCCAAUGUAGACCGCCGAAUCAUCAGCGCUGGCCGGAGUCAGCGGCCUCUCGCAAGUGGCUCCAAUCUCCGAAAUGGGUAUGGAAAGCGCUCUCGGACCGCCUCGACGCACUGUCCGCGAGCUACAACACCGCCGCCCUGCUCAUCGUGGAGAUGUCCAGCAGCGAGACAGUGCAGGAGUUCCUGUUGUUCAUCCUCGGCAUUCAGGAGGUGGCCAACACAGUGGAGACCUUGGGAGCCGUGCACAAGUGCAAUUUGCACGCCAUAUCCAUUGCAUUGCUGGUGCUCAUCUCGCGAGUUAGUGGCAUCAACAAUCUGCUGGAGUAUGCCCAGAAGAUUGUCGAUGCGCGACGCGAGGAGGCCACGUACUUUCUUCCGCCGCUGCUGGAGUUCAAGAAGGUCGCAACGAAGAGCCUGAAUCUGUCGCUUCCACACCUGGCAAUCGACAAGUUGGCGCUGGGCGAGUGUCUGCAAAAUGCUGGUAUGGAUGCCCAACGUCUCAAUACAGGGGCUCCCUAUACGCUCAACCAGACGGAAAAUCCCGGCCAUCGCCAUUCCUGGGUGGAGUCGGUGAGCUCCCACUUGACGCAGCGCAACAGCUCGGCGGAUCUGACGGUCUACAAUGGGGAUGUGGACAGUGUGAACAGCUCGCCUGGCCAGUGCAAGAAGAUACUGGCGCCCGAGUUCAAUUUCGACGCGAUGAAGCGGGCCCUGGCCGAGCCAACGAAGGCCGCCAAGCGGGAGCAGCGCGAGCGGCAAAUGCAGAUCGUACGCACCUUCCGCGAGGGCGAGUUCGAUGAUCUUGUGAGACGCACAGAACCGAAGCACGAUCUCAUCCAAAACCGCCUCAACGAGCUGUUCAACUUUCUGGCUGUGGAGCGUCAGAUAACGCAAAGCGAUAGCAAGGUGGCCCAGCUGCAGGACAGCAACGAGAAGCCCAUCUACGAGACAAACUUUCCAGAAUUAUUCUAUUACUAAUCUGUAUUACUGUGAAUCGCCUCCGGCAAAGCGAAUGUUCUGUACUCAAUUUAUGCAUAUGAUGGUAGCUAUGAAAGCGAAUUGGUUUGGUGUCAGUAGAUAAAUUUAAUUAAAUUUCCCGUUGUUAAAUGAAAACAAUUCAAUUGUCCCCCAAAUAUGUAUGUAGUAUGUCCUAUGCAUUAGUUGUUAUACAAAUACAAUAUAUACCUAUUGUAUGUCGAUAAAAAUUGUCUAUUUAAAAAAUAGGAAGUUGUACAAAAAAUUGUUGUGGCUUGUCCUCAUCAUCAAGUAAACCGAAAAAUACGUGCUGCAAACAAAUGCCUGCUGUGGAAGGGGCCGGACGCAAUCCUUUCGUCAGGUUCCUGCUGCACUUCAAGAGAAA